GGAAGCUGAGCGGCACGGAGGCGGGGGGGGCUGCUCGGAGUAGCCAGAAGUCGAGUGCGAUGUCCAGCAACAGCAUGGCGGACCCGCGGCGGCCCAAUCGGGUUCUCAGAUACAAGCCUCCAACCACAGAGAACAACCCUACUCUAGAAGACCCAACACCAGACUACAUGAAUCUGUUGGGAAUGAUUUUCAGUAUGUGUGGCUUGAUGCUGAAGCUAAAAUGGUGUGCCUGGAUUGCUGUCUAUUGCUCAUUCAUCAGUUUUGCCAACUCUAGGAGCUCGGAAGACACCAAACAGAUGAUGAGCAGCUUCAUGUUGUCUAUCUCUGCAGUAGUGAUGUCCUAUCUUCAGAACCCCCAGCCCAUGUCCCCUCCUUGGUGAAAAGAGAACAGCUCUCCUCUUGCAAAGCAAAAGUGCUCUCUCUCUUGACAGAGGACUAUUUUCUCAGGCAGUUUGAACCCACGUGUACAAACAUAGUGUUGCAAAAGUAUUGGGAAUACUUCCCUUAUUGUGACAAUAAAGUGAUUAUUGUGAGACACUUUGGCUAUAAUACCUGUAUUUUCUUAAUGCAGUAAUUAUUCACUUUUCCUAUGGGGGAAAAGGUGGCAUGUAAAUAAUAAUAGUAAAAUAAACAAUAAAUUUCAUUUGAACACCA